ACUCCACUUCACUGGGCAGUCUACUAUGAGAGGAUCAACGUUGUCAAGGUGAUGCUGUCACAUGACAGUGACGGUGUCACGUUGGAUACCACACUGCGUGACAGUGAUGGGAAAACAGCGUUGGACCUAGCCAGGCAAAAGAAGUAUAGGGGAUGUGUGCAGUUGCUGCUGAAGCACGAGAGUGCGAAGAAAGAGGAACUUAGAACAGCUGCUGUGGCUGAGGACAUCAUUGGUGGUAAGGACGAGGCCAGCGUGGUACGCGUGCGUAUGUACCUUGUCGGCAAGUACGCCACGGGAAAGUCCAGCUUUGUCCGGGCACUGCUCGGUGAAGAGUUCAUUGAAAACGCGGACAGCACCGACUCCAUUUCCAUCCAUCGAUCCAGACUCAGAAUGCAUCUCUCCUCUCAGACCGCCACAGGCACACAAGAGGCAGCACAAGUUCUUGUGGAUGACAGUCAACAUAGUUUCUUUGUCAAUCUACUCACAGCUCGCAUCCGAUCAUCUGUAGAACUGGUCCAGAAAAUCAAGAAACGUCCGCAAGAAUCGAUCUUGUCUAAAGUCAAGACACUAUUCACUUCAUGGCUCACUUCGUCAUCUACUGCAUCCGCUGUCAACAAUGAGUUUGCCAAUGUUCCCCACGCUAAUGACCUGACCAAAGUGGCACCAGAUGUUAUCUCUCAAGUUCGCUCGUCUGUCAGCAAUGUUGAUAGCAGUUCAAAUGAAGCGGAAGCAGCAUAUGCGUUUGUUGAGCUGUGGGACAUGGGUGGACAGAUGCCGAUGUUGGUACAACAAAGCAUCUCGUUUUCAGUUUGUGACAGCGUGUACAUUGUGACUCUUGACAUGAGGUGUGACCUGGAUGAGGAGGUAACGGAAGACGUCUACCGUUUCGAUGGUCAGGAGAUUGUAACUUCCACACCGUUGCCAGGAAUGACGCAGGCUGACUACCUUCACAUGUGUCUGUCCCUGAUUGCUUUGCAGCAUAGAGCAGACACACACACUGACCAGCAUCACCACCAGCAGCAGCAUCAGCAGCAACAGCAGCAGCAACAGCAGCAUCAGCAGCAGCAUCAGCAGCAGCAACAGCAGCAUCAGCAGCAGCCUGACACAGAGAUGGGUAAGAGCAGUAGCAGCAAUAGCAGCCACCAUCAUUAUGAGGGUAGCACAGCCGUCAUGGUGGUUGUUACACAUGUGGAUCUUAUCGACGACAACCAAUUAGAGAAGAAGAAGAAAAUGUUCUUCACUGCCGUGUCCAAGCUGGCUGAAAGGGCCGGACCCAACGUCAAGGUCUGUGGACCCUUCUUUGUUGACAAUCACCGUCUUCAAGAUCGCGUAUCUCGCCACAGCCAGCUUGCUGAAGCACAGCAAGAGCUCUCUAGAAUUGUGUCAGCCUUUCCUGUCCAAGCAAUUCCCUUGAUGCAAGUGAAGAUAGAAGAAGCUAUUUCUCUCCACCACAAGGAAAUGCUUCGCUAUGCAAAGGCUGGGUGCAGUGAUGAUACAAUGCAAGCUACCAGUAGUGAUCAUCAGCAGCAGCAGCAGCAGCGGCAGCAGCAGAGUUUUGUUAGUAUGGACUACCCACAGUUUGUAGACUUUUGUCGGCAUGUUAGCGGCAAAGAUCUCACCACUGCACAAGUGUCUGAUCUACUGCACCGCCUUCAGCAACAUGGCACAGUGUUUUGCUGUGACUGCCCGCAUCCACUCACUUCAAGUGUCAUUUUCCUUGAACCCCAACAGCUGUUACUCAACUUUGUACGCAUGAUGACCUUCCCUCUGAAGGAGACAGCUUUUCCAAGCACAUCAGCAACAUUAGUCAGAGAAGUGCAACACUUUCGACGUACGGGAAUUGCCAGCGCGAGGUUGAUAGAGAAAGUUUGGUAUCCUCUCAGCCGUGUUGUCCAGCUAGCUCUCUGUAAAUCAAUGUGUUACUUCAACUUGGCAGCAGAACUUCAGCCCGCCAGCAGUGCAGCCACCAGCAGUACAGCCACCAGCAGUACAGCCACCAGCAGUACAGCCACCAGCAGAACAGCCACCAGCAGUACAGCCACCAGCAGUACAGCCACUAGCAGUACAGCCACCAGCAGUACAGCCACCAGCAGUACAGCCACCAGCACCGGAGGGUGUGGCAGUAGAGACGGCGGCAGCAGCAACAGCAGCAGCAUCAGCGGACAAGACAGAUGUCCCGUUGUCACGCCAGGCCUACCCGACCUCUUCAUCCCGUUCUGUUGCAACCAGGAAGCAUUACGGUUGGUUUUGGAGGAUGAUGUUCCCUUUAAGCUACCGUUUAACCACCUCAGUUUCCCUGGGAUGCUGUUUCCUCCACCACUGUUCGGUCGCUUAGUCACCUACAUAAUUCAUCGUAUGAAGAAAGAGUCAGCCAGUCUUCAGUUCACAUCCAGUGCGGCAUCACUGAAUUUGGAGCUUGGUUGUAGUCAAGUAUGCCUCUGCUGGACACCGACAGGUGUUCGCUUAGAAUGCGCUGCUGAUACACCAUCCAUACUUGCUGAUGUGGCUUGGGAUAUGAAGAGUGCAAUUGUUGACUUCACACAAGUUCUCAGCACCCAAGGAUACCAGCAGUUCACAGUUGUUGGUGAGUCAUUCGCCUGCACUUCCAACUCAUGCCAGGAUCGCCUGAAGGAAUGCAGCAGUCCUGCAGAGGUGCUGGUACACUCGUCGUGGGUGUUGCUGACCAGCUUGCACAAGAAGCAUUUCUUGACGGCAUAUGAGUCGGAUAUGAACACCGCUCUGACCUUCAAGGCAAUGUGUGCUACCUGCAAGGAGAGGGUCAUUGUCCCGAGGUCCUUCUGGCCCUGGCUGUGUAAGGAUGUGCCAUUUGUCCAAGCUGAGCAGCCACUAGCAGCACCAGCGGCACAAGCAACAGCAGUACCACCAGCAGCGCCAGCAACAGCAGUGCAAGCAACAGCAGUGCAAGCAACAGCAGUACAAGCAACAGCAGUGCAAGCAACAGCAGUGCAAGCAACAGCAGUGCCACCAGCAGUACAAGUAACAGCAGCAGUAUCAUCGUCAACAGUAGUAGCAUCACAGCCAGCUGCGGCAGGCUCAGUAGCAGCAUCACAGCCAGUAGCCACCUCAGCAGUGACCGGCUCAGUAGCAGCAUCACAGCCAGUAGCCACCUCGGCAGCGGCAGGCUCAGUGGUAGCAUCACUAACAGCAUCACCAGCUGUGGCAUUACUAGUAGCAUCACUGUUAGCAGCAGCAGCAGCCUCAGUAGCAUCUCCAAUAGCAGCAGGACUGUUAGCAGGAGCAGCAGUCCUUGCUGCAGUAGCACUUUCAGCAGCAGCAUCGCCAGUAGAACCACCACCAGCAGCAGCAGCAGCCUCACCAGUAGCACUUACACCUGUAUCAUCAGCAGCUGCACCUCCAGUAGCACCUUCAGCUGCACCUCCAGUAGCACCUGCAGCUGCAGAAGCAGCGACUACAGCAGCAGCACCUGUACCACCAGCAGUACAAUCAGCAGCAGCAGCAGCAUCACCAGCAUCAGCAGCAGCAGCAUUAGCACCCGCAGAGGCAGUUUCAUGCCAACGGUCAACAUCACCACUGAAAGUUUUGUCAGACAUUUCUGACUUUCGAAACUUCAGCCGAAGCAUUGCAGGUUGCGUCAGUCGCCCUAAACGUGAGGACUUUGCCCAAGCCGUUGCAAUACUGAUUGACCCAGAAUACAGCAACGAUUUCAAAGACAAUAUGCAAGACUUUAUCGUGAAAAACGACCUUGGCACCACUUGCAUACCGGAUAAUAUGCAUGGUGUUAUCAGGUGGGCCGUGGACAAAGCUGGAACACGCGAAAUCACCCUGGCCGAGUUGAAGAAGAUAGCGCUAGAGCUGAAUCCCGACAAGAAGAAAAAGAUUGAGAGAACAUUCCAUGUUGAAAAAUGGUGAGGCGUCAUCUUGAAGCUGCCCUGCCCAGCGGUGGCCUCUAUUCGUUCCUGGCUUAGCUGUCAACUGUCUACAUUCUACUGGUAGGGAGUCGCUCGACAGCAGAACACCUCAAGCAUCUGAAGACCAUCUUCAAUCACUUGGCAGAGUAUGGUCUGGUGGUCAUUGUCAGCAAGUGUGUCUUCAUGCAGCCCUUCCGUGACAUUCCUUGGUCACAAUGUCAAAGCCGCUGUCGGCGGCAGCAUUGAGACACUGGCAGAGAAAGUCAAGGCCAUGGUGGACUACCCUGCUCCAGACACUCACUCUGCUCUCUAUCUCGCUUUCCAGGUUUGUUAAAUCUCUACCGACGCUUCAUCCCGGAUUGUGCAUGCAUUCUUCAGCCGCUCUCGGAUUUGUUAGCAGGCCCUCAAUCUCCUGAGAACUGCUCGUCGCGAACGUCGCGAUGAAAUACAUGAAAAUGAAUUCUGAAUAACUAAUUUGUAUUUUGCAUUACAUGACGAUGAUUAACAUUAGUGUUUUUGUAUAUACCAUGACAAUGAUUGUACUCUCUUACUCUCUUACAUUGUGGCUGAUUCCACGCUUGGGUUAGCAGAAUUCUGGUUCCCUAUCUUCAUUUCUAAUGAUUGACUCCAUUUCACUUCAAAGUAGCUUUGAAGGUAGUCUUCGUUUCUCUAGUCUUUGCAUUUCGUUCUGAAACAAAUAUCUUCGUUAUGUUUUCAUACCGUGAGUAGUCUCGCGCUCUUGAUUUGUUUUGCUCGGGCAUGACUUUCCUUUCUGUUCUUUUUGUUAUGCAUGACCAUGAUGACGUAUUGGUAUGAUGUAUAUGUGUACGUGAUCACUUGACCACGUGACUAUGUGUUCACUAACUACAGAGUCUACAGACUCUAGCCUAGUGUAGGCUAGUGCACUUUAGCCAUUCGCUCUCCUUGCUGUUACUUCUUCUCCGUUUCUAUUUUGUCGCUGCACUAGUUCCUUUUUCCACCAUUCCACGCCAAUGAAAGUCGUGGUCGCCAAUUAAAUGCAUGAUCUUUGUGCGCAGCUGCCUGUGGAUGCAGCUGCCCUGUUUCCGUUCCAUUUGGAUUUAGAUUGAGAAAGAAACUUUCCAAAUCAUAAAUGAA